UCCCCUGCUCAAAACCCUCCAUGGCUCCCCACCGCCCUCACAAGCUCUGCUGGGCACUCAAAACUCCCAUGAUCUGCCCCCAAUUCCCAUGGCCCCUCUCACCCCUCUUUUCCUUCACUAGUCCAGAAGCUUCUCCCAAACGGAGUGCCAAGUCUAUCUAUGAACAGAGGAAGCGUUACUCCACCGAGGUUAUGGCCGAUGUUUCCCAAUAUCCAGUCAAUCACCUGGUGACCUUCUGCCUGGGUGAGGAGGAUGGCGUGCACACGGUGGAGGACGCCUCGCGGAAGCUGGCCCUCAUGGACAGCCAAGGCCGCGUCUGGGCCCAGGACAUGCUGCUGCGCGUGUCUCCCAAACACGUUGCGCUGCUGGACCCAGUCUCCAAGGUGCCACGGGGCACACGGGUGGAAGGAGCAGCUUGGACUGAGCCCACCAAGGAGGAGCUGGAGUCUUACCCGCUGAGCGCCAUCGUGCGUUGCGACACGGUGAUACCGCCGGGCCAGAGCUGCUCACUGCUGCUGCUCGUGUGCCAGGAGCCCGAGCGCACGCAGCCCGACGUGCACUUCUUCCAGGGCCUGCGUCUGGGGGCGGAGCUGAUCCGAGAGGACAUCCAGGGGGCUCUGCACAACUAUCGCUCGGGCCGCGGGGAGCGCAGGGCGGCGGCGCUCAGGGCUACGCGAAAGGAGCUGCAGUGCCACCCCUCGCCCGCCGCCGAGACACCGCCCCUGCAGCACCGCCCGACGGUCCGCGCCGCGAUCAACACGGUGGAGCCGGCCGCGGGCCGCGGGCGACCCCAGGCGGACCCCAUCCCAGAGACUGCAGAGAUGCGGAGGCCGGGCCGGGCGGAGGUCUGCAGCAGCGCUGACCCGACCUAUCGGGACCUGGGCCCCUGCGGCCCAGACCUGGCCAGUCUGCAGGCGGAGCGGGAAGUGGACAUCCUGAACCACGUGUUCGACGACGUGGAGACCUUCGUAUCAAGGCUGCAGAAGUCUGCCGAGGCGACCCGAGUGCUGGAGCACCGAGAGCGCAGCCGCAGGACCCGGCACCGGGAGGCCGGGGGUGAGGAGGCGCCACCGAGUGGCAAUCCUGAACACCCCCUUCCUGUUCACUCCCAAAUAUCCAUCCUCUCCCUUGGGUCUCCUCUUGCACCCCCUGCCAGUUUGACUCCCUAUCGCGAUCUCACUGGGUCUCUGCCUCUCUCUUCGACCCUGCCGGACGCUGUCUGCAUGUGCCCCAUCACCGCGCGUGCCUCUCUACCCACAGAGGGCCUCCUGACGCUGCGGGCCAAGCCGCCCUCAGAGGCCGAGUUCAUUGAUGUGCUUCAGAAAAUCAAGUACGCCUUCAGCUUGCUGGCCCGGCUGCGCAGCAACAUCGCCAACCCCUCCUCCCCAGAACUGCUGCACUUCCUGUUCGGACCUCUGCAAAUGAUUGUGGACACCUCGGGCGGCCCCCAGUUCGCGAGCUGCGUGCGGCGGCCGCAUCUGACUUCCGAGGCUGUGGCGCUGCUGUGGGACAACGUCACCCAACUUGAAAACACGCUCUGGACCUCGUUGGGGGACUCUUGGACCCGCCCGGGGAUCCCUGAGGAUCCCUUGCCCCUCCUUGGCUGCAGGAUGGAGCUACCCUCAGAGGAGGGACCCCCAUACAGACCUGAGUUCUACAGCGGCUGGGAGCCCACAGCCACGGACCCACAGGGCCGCACCUGGGAGGACCCAGUAGAGAAACAGCUACAGCACGAGCGGCGCCGCCAGCAGCAAAGCACUCCUCAGGUCGCUGUCAAUGGUCACCAAGACCAGGAACCAGAAGCUGAGCCCCAGGGGCUGGAGCCGGCGGGAAAGUGGGUCCUAUGUAAUUAUGACUUCCAGGCGCGCAAUAGCAGCGAGCUGUCCGUCAAGCAGUGGGACAUAUUGGAGGUCCUGGAUGACCAGCGCAAGUGGUGGAAGGUUCGGGACCAGAGAGGGCAGGAGGGAUAUGUACCCUAUAAUAUCCUGACACCCCACCCGGGGCCGUGGGGGGGCCGCAGCCUGGAGAACAGCACUCCCUCUCCCCCUCCACCACCAGUGUCGGCCCCGGCUCCGGCUCCCCACCCCCCACCAGCGUCCGCCCUGGCUCCGGCUCUCCCUCCCCCGUCAGCCUCGGCCCCGGCUCCUCCCCCCCCGCCCCCUCCCGCACCAGUGCCGACCCUGGCUCCAGCUCCCGGUGCCCGACCAGCGCGGACCCAGGCUCCGACUCCGUCUCGGUCUCCCAGGGACAGCUGCGAGAGCCUCAACAACUUGGACUCCGGCAAGAAGGAGAAAUUCUCCCAGAUGCUCAGUAUCAACGAGGAGCUGCAGGCACGCCUGGCCCAGGGCCUCACAGGCCCCAGCCGCGCAGCCCCGGGGCCCCGCACCCCGGAGCUCCGCGCCCCGGAGCCGCAGCUCAGCCCGCGCUCCAACGCUUCGGAGGUCCGCGCCUGGCUGCAGGGCAAGGGCUUUAGUUCAGGGACCGUGGCCGCGCUAGGCGCACUGAGCGGCGCGCAGCUAUUCUCGCUGCAGAAAGAUAAGUUUCGGGCGCUGAGCCCCGAGGAGGGGGCGCGCGUGUACAGCCAGAUCACAGUGCAGCGCUCGCUGCUGGAGGACAAAGAGAAAGUGUCAGAGCUGGAGGCGGUAAUGAAGAAGCAAAAGAAGAGGAUGGAAGACGAGGUGGAAACGGAAGUCAUUUGAUCCUUCCCCGCCCCUCCGCUAAGUUUCCAGGAAGCAGCCCCGCGGGAGAACGGACUCUGCAGACUGCCCCCACCAACGGAAGUAGAUCCCUCCAGGGAUCGCCGACCU